UUACCGAGUGGGAGAGGGAGACUGCGGGGGGAAAUGAGGCCUAAUGACAUUUGUUGUGCUUUCAGGGACACCUCUUAUCGCGAUGUGGACAUUCGCACCAACGGGACCCAGCGUCCUGUGCCACCUCACAGGCGGGCGUUGCACGAACCAUUGUUAGUUUUAGAGAAAUAUAACAAUGGCAAACUUGUCGAUUAUACGACUGAGUGACAAUGAAAGACUUGUUAUGUAUGUGUGAAAAUAGUGACGAGCAGUUAGCGAAACGGUCCCUGUUCUCAUAUUGUGAGCUGUGUGUAUGCGUGUGUGUCUGUGUAUAUAUAAAGUUGCUGAGCGCUCUGUCCACAGCUGCCUCUCGCCGCAUUGUGACUCACAGCAUCAUGGCGGAAGAGCUGCUCGCCGGGUCCCAGUGGCCAAAUUCAAGAGAUGCCUAUGAGCUUCAGGAAAUCAUCGAUGGACAGACCAUUGACUUGGCUGUUUCCUGAGGUGGCCCUGUGGAGGAUCCUCAAAGGCUGCGGGGCUACUGCCGUGGUACAGGCGGCUCUCUGCAAACCCAAAAAUGAGCGGGUGGCAAUAAAGAGAAUAAACCUGGAGAAAUGCAACACGAGCAUGGAUGAGCUGCUGAAAGAGAUUCAAGCCAUGAGUCAGUGCAAUCAUCCCAAUGUCGUGGCCUACUUCACCUCAUUUGUUGUGAAGGAUGAACUCUGGCUGGUCAUGAAGCUGCUGAGUGGAGGCUCUAUGCUGGACAUAAUCAGGAAGACAGUGAGCAGGAAUGAACACAGGACUGGCGUGCUGGAUGAACCAGUAAUUGCAACUGUUCUCAAAGAGGUGCUGGAGGGCUUGGAUUAUCUGCAUAGGAAUGGACAGAUACACAGGGACGUUAAAGCUGGUAAUAUUCUACUUGGAGACGAUGGAUCUAUACAAAUUGCAGAUUUUGGCGUUAGUGCCUUUCUGGCUGGUGGUGGGGAUAUGACCAGAAAUAAAGUGCGCAAAACCUUUGUGGGAACUCCGUGCUGGAUGGCCCCUGAAGUGAUGGAACAGGUACGAGGUUACGACUUCAAAGUCGACAUCUGGAGUUUUGGAAUAACGGCAAUUGAACUGGCAACGGGAACAGCACCGUAUCACAAGUACCCACCAAUGAAGGUUCUGAUGGUGACUCUCCAGAACGAGCCCCCUAUUCUCGAGACGGGUGUAGAGGACAAGGAGAUGGUGAAGAAGUAUGGCAAGUCCUUCCGUAAACUGAUUGCCCUGUGCCUGCAGAAGGACCCUACAAAGAGGCCCACUGCAGCAGAGCUGCUGAAGCACAAAUUCUUUCAGAAAUCAAAGAAUAAAGAUUAUUUGAUGGAGAAGUUGUUGGGACAACCACAAUGCAGAGGGCAAAGGGACCCAAAGGCUGACAACACAGUGCAAGCUACUGGCACGAUACCAAAGUCUGCGAGUGAGCCCGGGCCUAGCAAAAAGACGAUGCGCAUGCAGGGGUCGAGCGGUCACUUGUACAAAACCGAGGACGGAGGCUGGGAAUGGAGCGACGAUGAAUCAGGUGACGGAUACGAUGAAUCAAAACCUGCCGCCUAUCAGAAAGCGGGGCCAUCAGGAAGUUCAUCACAUCUGAUGAACCAGGGUGGACCUAUUCUCCUUGUUCUACGAUUGAGGAAUUUACAAAGGCAGUUGAAUGACAUCAGAUUUGAGUUCACUCCAGGCAGAGACUCUGCCAUCGGCGUUUCUCAGGAACUUGUUUCUGCAGGUUUAGUGGACGAGUUUGACAUGCUGGUUGUGGCGAACAACCUGCAGAGACUAAUCGAUGACCCUCAUUCGAACAGGACACUCACAUUUAGACUGGUCUCUGGCUGUGAGGGUUACAGCCCAGACGAAACCAAACUCAUUGGAUUUGCACAGCUCAGCAUGAGAUGACAAUCGUGCUCAGAAAGCGGUACCAAAGAAUUCUGGGACGCCUCUAUCAACACCACCUGAACCUCCCCUGCCCUUCCCCAAGAGCACUUUAUAUGAUUCUGUUUAAUUUUCAUGCUUCAACUAUCAAUGUAGUAGACCUAGCACUAGAAUCUGCUCCAAGUUCUUAGCCAUAUGCCAUAUGCAAUGGGCUUAUGCCUCUUUGAAUAGAGUCAAGUGUCUUAAUUAAAUUGCAGAAUUAUAAAAUAGAGGCAAGUUCAUCCCCCUCCCUCUUGCAGUCUAGGUUCAGCAUUAGGGUAAGAAAAGGUCUUAGAAAAGGACUGUACUCAGGUCAUUUCAUUUUUAUUAUUAAAAUUUCCCCUCUGGGUUUGGAGUAAUCACACCCUCUUGUCCUGCCCAGAAUUGGCAUUUGAAAAUUGUUUUUUGGGCUUAAUUUUCCUUAAGGUAGAUAUACAAAUGCUGCAGUACCAGUUGGUAUUAUACUUUGAUACAUUCUCAGCAGUGAGAUUAUUCAGUAUGGCUUAACCAUUCUCAUGCCCUCAGAACUCAGUCACCAAUUAAACAUAGGAGGAGAAUUGAGUCAGUGGCAAUAUAGGAAGAUUAAAGAACUACCGUUAGAAAUGGCCAGUCUCUUGCACAGAGAUGACCAGGCGAGUGAGAGCAGUGUGUGUGUGUGGAAGGAUUGUUAUGGGGGAGGUAGUUACAAUAUGGUUGGAUCCCUAUCUGACUGGUUAGAGCAGAGGCCCCUUCUCCUGCUUAACAAACAUCUGCUUCUUGCAAGCCAGAUGUUUUCAGUGCAAAACCUGACCCUGUGCCAGUGUUUGUCACAGCAUGCACCUUGUGAUGAAGGUCAGGACUGUGGGGUGGACUCAGUACGUACCAUGGCCCUUCAGGAUUGGGCAGUCCUGUAGUAGGCCCCCCUCGGUCAUGACUGACCAUGGGUGAUGCAUCCUAGUUUGCAGAUGAUGUGUGGUCGGAAGCAAGCUUGGGCAGCCUGGUAGCUCAGUGGGAUGUGGCUGGAUUUAAGGAUAAUUUCUCCUCGAGCUUCCCCUCCCAACGUUAAGCGGCUCACCAUUAAAGCAGAGAAUAUUUCUCAUAUCUAGAAACACACGGCCGUACCUGCUGUUCAGCCUGGAAGUUAAUCUGACUCCCAUCUGUGUGUGAGCUUGCAGAUACCGGGUGAAUGAAAGGAGGCUUUUCUGUGGCAUAAUGCUAUGGAAGGAAGGUGCAGGGGAGCAGAGCUGACGGGCUGAUCUUUCUCUGCUGAACGAUAAGAUGCAGAUACAAACUAAAUGUUUUGGGGAAAAAAAAGUUGCUGGGGGGUUUGUGGGAAGCAACAGACCCAUUCAAGAACUCUUUCAUUCUAGGAUUGGGGCAUUCCCUAAAGCACACAGAUUUCUGUCACCCAGAUCCUUGAAUCAUAGUGUGUUGGCUUCAGUCCAGCCA